CGCCAGGCAAGCGGAGAGCUCCUCGCCGGGAUUCGGUAUGUACCUUACCUGGGCGUGAGAGCAUCUAAUUAACCAACACUGGUUCUGCCGCCUGUAUCGUCAUCGUCGAAGCCACUACCCUCGCCGCUUUCCAUCUUAUAUCUAUUGCUACAAGCUAUUCGAGGGAGAUUUAAUAUCGCCGACUCUAUACCGCAGCCAUGGAGGGUCUCCUCUUCAACGUCAACAAUGGAUACAUAGAGGGUAUUGUUCGCGGCUACAGGAAUGGUCUUCUCACAGGGUCAAACUAUGCGAACAUGACACAAUGCGAAAGCGUCGAUGACCUCAAACUACAGCUCGGCCCCUCAUACGGCGACUUUCUUGCAUCGCUGCCCCCGAACCCAUCAACGUCUGCUCUCGCCGCCAAGGCGACAGAUAAGCUCGUCUCCGAGUUCCGAUAUGUUCGUGCCAACGCCGUGGGCUCACUCGCCCAGUUCAUGGACUACCUCACUUACGGCUACAUGAUCGACAACGUUGCACUCUUGAUCACUGGUACCCUUCAUGAGAGGGACACCAGGGAACUCCUGGAGCGCUGCCACCCGCUUGGAUGGUUCGAGACGAUGCCGGUGCUCUGCGUGGCGACCAAUAUCGAGGAGCUUUACAACAGCGUGCUCAUCGAGACGCCGUUGGCCCCCUACUUCAAGAACAGCUUGAGCCACACCGACUUAGACGAGCUCAACAUCGAGAUUGUCAGGAACACCCUUUAUAAGAACUACCUGGAAGAUUUCCACAACUUUGUCAACACUCACCCUGACAUGGCUGGCACGCCGACUGCGGAGGUCAUGUCCGAAAUCCUUGAGUUCGAGGCUGACCGUCGUGCCAUCAACAUCACCCUGAACUCUUUCGGCACCGAACUCACCAAGGAGGAUCGCAAGAAGCUCUACCCAACUUUUGGCCGUCUGUACCCCGAGGGCACUUUGAUGUUGUCACGUGCCGACGACCUGGACGGCGUUCGGUUGGCCGUGGACGGUGUGUCAGACUACAAGUCCUUCUUCGAUACCGCCGGACUUAGUGGUGGUCUCUCUGGUCCUGGAAACAUGGGUGGUGGCCAAGGCGGUUCUGAGGGCAAGAGCCUGGAGGACAUGUUCUACCAAAAGGAGAUGGAGAUUUCAAAGAGCGCGUUCACGAGGCAGUUCACUUUCGCCAUAGUGUACGCAUGGGUGAAGCUCAGAGAACAGGAGAUCCGGAACAUAACCUGGAUUGCCGAGUGCAUUGCGCAGAACCAGAAGGAGCGCAUCGGCAACUAUAUCAGCGUCUUUUAGUUUUGUUUCAUUCAUUUUUUUUGAAUUGACCAGCAAAAUGUCUGGUACAUAAUCUGCUUGUUGUUCUAUCUCUGUUUUGGCUUCUUCAUACCGGGAACUUUGCUACGCUAACGCGCCGACGGCUCGUUGCAAAGCAAGAAAAAUCAUGGGACGGCGUACAUGGGGCGAAUUAUUUUCCGACCAAGCCUCAACUUUCCGAGGAUGUAUUUUACAUAGAAAAUUACACUCUAUAUCACAAAUGCCUUUCUCCAGCAUCUCUCUACAUGUCUUCAUAUCUGCGACCUUAUCGAACCUCAA